UAUAUCGGUCCGCGUGUUUCGGUGCAGUACCUUCCAGUCCACCAACGCCGGAUCAACGUUUCAUCCUGUUGUUUAUCGCGCGAUCACGUUUCCAUCUUCUUCAAAACAUUAUCACACUUCGUCUCGAUCUGAUCACCUUCGUUAUUGAUCAACAAUCUGGAGCAACCAGAGUCGUCCAAAAUGAUUGUCAAACGUGCACGUAUCUAGUUGAUAGAUUAAUACAUCGUCUUUCCUAAAUAACAAUUUGUAUAUUAAAAUUGUUAUCAAAGACAAAAUUUAGUGAUUAGUUAAAUUGAGACACUUGGGGAAUAGUUUUAAGUUAUAAUGAAGUGACUAUUGCGUUGUUUGGAAUAACAGAUACAUGUUGUGCUUCAUAUUUAAUUUAUUGUUUUUUAAAAUUGUUAUGUAAGACAGGAUUUUAGUGAUAUUAGAAAUUCAAAGUUAUAAUUCAGUGAACUUUGUUUGAGGAUCAAGAACUAUAUGUAUAGGAAGGUAUAGAAUGGUACAUCAGAUCUUCAGAAUAAUAGUUACUCUAUGUAUUUCAUGUUCCAUUUGUACUUUGAAAUAGUGUUUGAUUAAGUUAAGAUAAUUGAGUGAAGAGGACCAAUUUAGUUUAUGUGUUGUUUAGAAUGAUUUCAAGGAUAGAUAAAUCCUAUAUAUGAAGAUUUUCCAUAUCAACAUUGUUUUGUAUAGGAGGAUGGUUAAAAGUCUGGGGAAGGUGACGUUUCGAUGAGAAAAUGCCACGAUGCUGCGGCGCGUCUUUGGUUUCCGUCAUGGACGGCGACGGGUCUCCGCCGAGUCUCAGUUUGCAGAUUCAGGACGGAAAUCCCCGAAAUAAAACAGCUUUAGCACCCGGUCAUAGUUUGAUGGAUUGGAUUCGAUUAGGUAAUUCGGGGGUCGAUUUAACCGGUGUUGGUGGAGUUCCACGUGUUGUAACAUUGUCUGAAUUAGCAAACCAUAAUAAACAAAAUGAUGCUUGGAUUGCUAUUAGAGGUAUCGUAUUUAACGUGACUCGUUACAUGGAUUUCCACCCAGGAGGAAUCAGCGAGCUGAUGAGAGGCGUCGGUAAAGAUGCCACAAAACUAUUCGAAAACGUGCACGCUUGGGUCAACUAUCAGAGCAUCCUUCAGAAGUGUGUGGUUGGAAGAUUGAGUCGUAGCGGAGGGAGCAACAACAGCAACAACAAUAGCAGUUCAUCCUCAUCAACAGAGAACGUUGUGUCAAAUACGACCAAUUGUUCCUUAACCAAGUUGGACCUGAUCAAAAGUUGCACGACUAGCAAUGCUAAUCAAGAAAACUUGCCAGAGGAUAACCCGUCGAAUGUAAAGAUGGAUUGGAGGCAGACAUCCAAUUCGAUCACUCUUUUCUAUCACACGGUGCGCGACUAUCCAGGUGUGUGUUAUCAGCUGCGAAGGAUAAGCGACUCGAAAUUGGUUUUCAAAUUGUUUUUCGAGAGGGACAUCAUCACCCACGAAGUCGAUUUAGCGGCGGAUAUUGAAUGGCCGCCGUUGUGCAAGAGGAACCUUGACACAAUGGAGGUAGACUUUACUUUUACAAAGAAGAAGAAGGAAAUAUGGAAAACCUUAGGCAGUCACACCAUUUCCAGGGAGACUAAUACCAGUAGUCGAAUAUACAAAGAGUAUGAAGUACUUGCGAAUAUACCUCUCUCUAAGUUAGUUCACUUAUUAGUCGUGCGAGCUAAAGACUACCUGGAAUUAGUGCCCAUUGGUAGACACGUAGAAGCUAAAAUGAGUGUGAUGGGAAUGGAAGUAUCGCGAUCGUACACGCCUGUCCCACCGUGCCUUCAUCCGGACGACAUGGCGCCGAGUUACAGAUCCGAUUGUUUGUGUCUGAUGAUCAAGAAGUACCCGAACGGCGCGCUUAGUCCGUCCAUAACCGCCCUUCAAAGUGGCCAAACCUUGAUGCUGAGCAAUGCUUUAGGUGCCUUCGUAGUAGAAUCCUUUGAUCGCUACUCGGUGAUUCAUAUGCUUGUCGGUGGCACUGGCUUGACAGCGAUGCUUGGCAUCGUUCAGCGAGCCUUGGCCAGGCGCAUUGUAAAGACCAUAAACCUGCUGAACUUCAACAAAGACGAAGAUAAUAUGUUCUAUGUGGUACAACUGAAAAAAGCCAGUGCAGAUAAAAAACUGAAAGUCACACAUAUCCUCUCGCAAGCCGGAAGUACGUGGACAGGAAAACGCGGAACGAUAUCAGAUGAUUUAUUAAAAGAAUUAGUCGGGGAGCAUUCCCCUGAUGCGUGUGUUUUCACAUGUGGUCCUCCGGGAUUCAUUCAUUUUGCCAGAAAGUCGCUUCAGAAGCUGGACUGGAAACCCUAUCAGAUGCACGAUUUCGACGAUUAAACAAUUAAUUCUCUUUUGAUACUAAAUUCCAGAAUAUCAAUGAAGUCGUGGAAAACUGAAACAAACAAUUAUGUAUGGUUCUAUCGAAGGUUUAUUAAUCAGCCUUUUGGAUACUUUUACUCCUAUUUCCGCCCACAAUGUCACAUUCAAUGGUAAAUGAUCGAAAACAUAAUUAUCUUAAUUUUGAACACAGAGAUAUUUGAUUAAAAAAAAGGUCUUGUAAAUAAAUAACAGAAUUAAAUUCUGGUACUCAAGGUAUUUUGUAACAUUUUUUAAUUCUACAGAAUUGUAAUUCUAUGUGAACUUUUCAAAUUCCUUUGACGCUUCUCAAUGCAUACGAAUUGUCAUUUUUAAACGCAAUACAGAAGAAAAUCUCGUGUAAAUUUCUAUACGACUUAGUGUCGAUAGGCAUUACCAAUUUGUACCAUAUCUGCGAGUUUCAAAGAAACAAAUAGGAGUAAGGUUGCAAGUACAUUGGCUAGUGAUAAAGCAUUGUCAUAUCAUUGUUUUCUCAGCCAUAAAGCAAUGAAUUUUAAACAAAAGGGAAAGGUAAUCAAUUUAGAACAACUUUUAAAACAACGUGAUCAUCUGCCAAUGUAGUGGCAGCACAAGGAUCUUAAAAGAAAGUACUCGGAUUCUAAGUAUCCAGCUUUCUAUGCGAGAACAAAUUAUUUUUGCAAAAAUAGUCUUUUAGCACCUGGAGAACUGUGUAUUUUUAACUAUUUAUCAGAGAGUACUUCACCUAAAGACAACAAUUCAAACCUUCAUAUUCUGUGUUAUAUAAAAUGAAACAUCAAUUUAUUUUUUGAACUUUAGUGAUGAGAAUUCUUAAAAAACAUUUUGGCUUUUUCUAUUUAAAAUGGAAAACGCGUGCUAAAUCAAUAUAAUGAAAGGUGAAACUUUUUGAAACAAUAGCAACAACAGUGUGGCCUAAUUAGAAAAGUGUAUUAAAUUUAACAGGAUCAGCCUUUUUACUAUUGUAGGGAUCAUUAAAUUCUCGAUGUACAGGUAGGAAGUAUUAGAGAAUCCUUUUAAAGUAUUUUGAUCAAUUAAAUAUCAUUCCAUUGAUAAGCUGGUGAAUGAUUGAUAUAAAUGAGAUUUGUUUUUUUUUAAAUGCAUUUUUAAGUGUGGACCACUUAGUGUAUUUAAGUAUGUACAUGUUAAAUACGCCUAUGUGUAUGUAUAUGUGUGUACAUAGUUGUUACCAGAAAUAAAUGAACAUUUGAUGGCCUUA